AUGUAAGAGCAUCAGCAGAGCGUUACAGCUGAGAAAGCAAGACAAAUCAAUCUGAGGUCAUUUAGUCUUUUUUAACAACCAAAAAAGCCCUUGCAAACACUGACUCUUGGCAAAUAUUUAACGACCACAGAUCAUUGAUAGGAACAUUGUUGGAUCAAUUGUAAGCUUGUUUGAAAAAACUGUUUCAAAUAUCAGGGACAUUUUUUAAAUAUUAUUUCAAACGUAUUCUUAAAAAUAUCUUUUUAGUUUAAUCAAACAUUUGCAGGGAUGAGUAAAGCUGCAAAGCUUGUAUAAUGUUUGUUUGGUGGGUUACAGUUUAGAAAAACUGACCCUAAUUGAGUUUUCAUGCCUUUGUUUGAAAUCCACCCUCAUACAAUAUGCAGGAUUAAUUCACUGAAUAUAAAGUUUAGUAAAACCUAACUAAGGAGUAAAUAUUCAAACCAUGUAUUUAUUAUUGAAACCAGAUGACUCAUAUGUCCAAUAGGGGCCCAUUUGACCCGUUUUAUCCCGUGUGUUGUUUACCAUUUUAAAAAGGGCUGCUAUUAAGAUUUGGAUUAGACUACCUGUACCCUGACACUUUAAAGUAGUCGGGGUUAUUAUGCAACCUGACAGAUACUGUAAGUUUGCCUGCUAUUGGUUACUGGUAUGAACGUCACAACGAAGUGAGGUAAGCUUAAAUACUUUGUCCUAUUGUUUUUUCUCUCUGAAAAAUUAUGUUACAUAACAAAGUCAAAAAAAUGUCUGCCAAACAAUUUGAACUUUGUCCUUUUAAUAAAUAAAGUAUGGGUCACACCAAAUAUUCAGCUGUGGUAAAUUAUGAAAAUAUGGUAUCUACAUAUACCCACAUACUACUUGUAUUACUAUAAUACUUUUGUUCUGUAAUGUACUUACAUGACAAAGGACUUGAAUUCUAAGCUAAAGGACCCUGUCUUGACAAAUAUUAAUAUUAAACUCCUUUAAGCAAAUGUUUGGUUGUUUUGUACUGGUGGCUUUUAUUUAAGUUUUCCUGCAUAGUAAUUUACUGAUAACAAACAAGCUAGAAUAAGAAUUGUUUAAGAUAAGAGAUUAUCCGUUCCGGACAUUUGAUAAAACUAGAAAGUGAUGUUUAAUUUCUCCCCACACUUCUCACUUGUGUUCCCCAUGUGCAGAUAUGGCUACCGCCAGGUGCCUUCAUUCUGAAGAUCAGUUUCUGUGUCCCAUCUGUCUGGAUGUGUUCACUGAUCCAGUCACUACAUCAUGUGGACACAACUUCUGCCAAAAUUGCAUCACCCAUAACUGGGAUAUAUGUGAAAGGUGCCAGUGCCCCAUGUGUAACAAGUUGUUUGACAAAAAACCUGAACUGCGAAUCAACACUUUACUGUCUGAGAUGGUCGCUCAGUUCAGAGAGUCAGCUCAACAGAAAGCCAGCAGCAGCAGCUCAGAGCAACAAGUCUUCAAACCAGGAGAAGUUCCCUGUGAUGUCUGCACUGAAACCAAACUGAAGGCCCUGAAGUCCUGCCUGGUGUGUCUGACCUCGUACUGUGAGACUCACCUGGUGUUUCAUCUGACAAUGUCAGGCCUGAAAAGACAUCAGCUGAUCGACCCUGUGGAGAACCUGGAAGACAGGAUGUGUCCGAAGCACGACAAACCUCUGGAGCUGUUCUGUAAGACCGACCAGACAUGUGUCUGCAUGCUCUGCCAUGUUUUAGACCACAAGAUGCAUGAUGUGGUUCCUCUCAAAGAAGGAUAUGAAGGGAAGAAAGCCGAGCUGGGGAAGACAGAGACUGAAAUUCAGCAGAUGAUCGAAGAGAAACAACAAUGGAUUCAGAAAGUCAAACGAAUUGUUAGCUGUAGCGAGAAAAAUGCUGAGGCGGAAAAACAGUUAGGUGUUGAAGUCUUUACAGCUCUGAUGCAACAUGUUGAGAGAAGCAUGAACUGCCUCAUUGACACAAUUGAAGAGAAGCAGAGGACAAUACAGAAACAGGCUGAAGAUUUUAUCAAAGAGCUGGAACAGGAUAUCUCUGAGUUGAAGAGAAAGAGAACUGACGUUGAACGUCUCUCACACUCUGAAGACCACCUCCAUCUUCUCCAAAGAUCUCCAUCCCUGAAAGCUAUUCUACCAACCAAGGACUGGACAAAGGUCUGUAUCCGUCCAUCAUCAUAUGAGGGGACUGUGGUGAGAGCUGUGGCUCGGCUGGAGGAGACACUCAGUGAAGCGAUGCAGAAGCUGCUUGAGGCUGAGCUGGAGGCGGUCCAGAAAUAUGCAGUGGAUGUGACUCUUGAUCCUGAUACAGCACAUCCCAGUCUCGUCCUGUCUGAUGAUGGGAAACAAGUAAAUCCUGGUGAUGAAAAGAAAAAUAUACCAAACCACCCAGAGAGAUUUUCUCUCAAUCCCUGUGUUUUAGGAAAGCAAAGUUUCUCUUCAGGCAGAUUUUACUUCGAGGUUCAAGUUAAAGGAAAGACUGAGUGGGAUUUAGGAGUGGCCAGAGAGUCGAUCAACAGGAAGGAGAACAUCCCACUGAGCCCUGAAGAUGGUUACUGGGCUAUUUGGUUGAGGAAAAGAAUGAAGUACAAAGUGCUGAGUGACCCUCCCGUCUAUCUUAAUUUAAAAUUCAAACCCAAGAAGGUGGGGGUGUUUGUGGAUUAUGAGGAGGGUCUGGUCUCCUUUUAUGACGUAGAUGCUGCAACUCUUAUCCACUCCUUCACUGGCUGCUCCUUCACUGAGAAACUGUACCCAUACUUUAACCCGGGUCUGAAUGAUGGUGGUAAAAACUCUGCACCUCUGAUCAUCUCUCCUGUCAAUCACACUGAGUGAUCCUGUUGAGACUAUCAUACAUGUAAUAACUUCAUGCACAAUUUGAUAAAAACAAAAACAAAGUGAAGUCGUAGUAAAUAAACCUGGGGUUUCAUUAUAGUUCCUGAAGACUUCAUUUGGAUUAAAGACUGGCAUCUUGACUUAUGAUCGCCAGAGAAAAAACUCUGAUAAUAACUAAGAAGUUGUCCAAGACUUCCCAACAGGAUAUUACUAAAGGCUGCAGUACAUUGGACCAGCAGAGCUUCUCUUCAGGCGGGUUUUACUUUGAGGUUCAAUUUAAAGGAAAGACCAAAUGGACUUUAGGAGUGGCCAGAGAGUCCAUCAGCAGGAAAUAGAACAUAUACUAUAGACUCUACGUUUGAUAAAUGGAAAUGAAUACGCCCUUAAUGAUCCCAGUCACUAAAACUCGCUGCUGUCACCCCCAUCCUAAAACACCUGGACUCAACCCCGACAUCGUGAGUAUUUUCCAGCCCAUCUCCAAUCUCCCUAUUCUGUCAGAAAUACUGGAACGUUUUGUCUCCACCCAACUUAAACCCCACCUCAAUUCCAACAAACUCUUCGAGACCCUUCUAAUCCGGCGUCCACUCACAACACAACACAAAAACCGCCCUCGUCAAAUUCCCCAACGACCUCCUCCUCUCCUUAGACUCUGGACACCUCAGCAUCCUCAUCCUCCUCGACCUCACUGCAGCUUUUGACACCAUUCUCCUCUCCUGUCUCAAAACCUCCCUCAACAUCACUGGUGCUGCUCUCUGCUGGAUAAAUUCAGAUUAAACAGACUAAACAGUUCAUCAAUAUCAACAACUGCCCUUCCUCCCCCGCUCCCCUGUCCCAAGGCAUCCCCCAUGGUUCAGUGCUCGGUCCUCUCCCCUUCAUCCUCUACCUCCUCCCCCUCGGUAACAACAUACGCCACUAUGGCCUCCACUUCCCCUGCUACGCCGACGAUCUGCACGAUGGGGAACUCACUCCCCAAACAAAACCCUGACUGCACCAAACUCACCACAUUCAAAGCAAAACUCAGCUUUUCAGAACAGCUUUUAAUCUGGAAUUAUUGUUGGGUUUUACUGUAUGUAUUUUAAAGGAUUUUUUGUGUUGUUUUUUAUUCAUUUUGAUAUGAAAAGCGUUGUAUAAAUAACAUGUAUUAUUAUAAAUAAUAUUAUUAUUAAUCAGUCUGUCUCUCUCUGAAGUCUGAGCCUCAGAAGGUGGGGGGGUUUGAUGAUCAUGAGGUGGUUCUGGUCUCCGGUAAUACAGUAAAUGCUCCAGCUCAUUGUACUUUGUCUUUUAUUCCUCUGAUCUGAUUCAUAUUGAUCAUUCAGUUUUGAUAUCAUAUGUUGUUUAACUUCAAGUAUUCCUCCUUUACUCACUGGGUUAAAACACAGGUUUCUCAAUGCCACUUGUUUUAUUUCUGGAAACACUGAUGUGUGUGGAAGUGAUUUGGAAAGUGUACAUGUUCAGCUUAAUGAAAUGUAAUGUGGAACACUCACACUUUAUGAACCAACAAGUAAAUAUUGUUCUGAUAUCAAGGACUUGGUGAGGUGAUUCUAGGGAGGGGCCUGUAACACUGAAUUUGGACCCCCCUGUGGCCACCCUCCAAAAUAGAAAAUUACUAUUUCUGAUAGUGUUGCAGCAAAAACUGUGUUACUACUUGGGUCGUAAAUAACAGGGAUGUUUUUAUUUCAGCAGUAUAAUCAAAUAUAACUGAACCUUUGUGUGGGUGUGAAGAUGUGUAUGUAUGUUUGUGUACAGUAUAUCUUUCUUUAUAUAUAUUUGUAUUCUCUGGGAUGGUGAGAAACAGAAAUGCAAUCCCCCUGUCUGUGUAACACAAAUAGAUUAAUUGACAAUAAAGUUGACUUUGACUUUUGA